AUGGCUGCUCGAUCGCUCCUUGCCGCUGCCCUUUUGGGCAGCGUUGCCUUUGCCGUUCCCAUCGAGGAGAGGCAAUCUUGCGGAGCCGCCUGGACUCAGUGCGGUGGCAACGGUUGGACGGGCGCGACGUGCUGUGCUUCUGGCAGCAGCUGUGUCGUCACCAACGAGUGGUACAGCCAGUGCAUUCCUGGUGCUGCCGCUCCGUCUGCCACUUCGACUACCCGCGCAAGCUCCACCACUGUCGCGAGCACAUCUCGAGCCUCAUCAACCACCGCCGGCGCGACGACCACCCGCGUUACUAGCUCUGGCACCGCCCCCGUCCCUACCGGCGGCGCCACUUACACCGGUAACCCUUUCGCCGGCGUCGACCUCUACGCCAACUCGUACUACGCCUCCGAGAUCUCGACCUUGGCUAUCCCGUCUCUUACCCCGGCCCAGGCUACCGCGGCCGCAAAGGUUGCCAAGGUCCCUACCUUCAUGUGGAUGGACACUCGCGCCAAGAUUCCCUUGGUUGAUUCCACUCUCGCCGACAUCCGCAAGGCUAACCAGGCCGGCGCCAACUAUGCGGGUCAGUUCGUCGUCUACGAUCUCCCAGACCGUGACUGUGCUGCCGCCGCCUCCAACGGCGAGUACUCGAUUGCUAACGGCGGCGUUGCCAAGUACAAGGAGUACAUUGAUGCCAUUCGCACCAUGAUUCUCAAGUACUCCGACAUUCGCAUUCUUUUGGUCAUUGAGCCCGACUCCCUGGCUAACCUUGUCACCAACUUGAAUGUUGCCAAGUGCUCUGGUGCCCAGGUUGCGUACCUUGAGUGCACCAACUACGCCGUUACUCAGCUCAACCUUCCAAACGUAGCCAUGUAUCUCGAUGGUGGGCAUGCCGGCUGGCUUGGCUGGCAAGCCAACCUUGGCCCUGCCGCCAACAUGUAUGCGAAGGUCUACAAGGAUGCCGGGUCCCCCAAGGCUCUCCGUGGCAUCGUUACCAACGUCGCCAACUGCAACUCCAACUACGACGAGAAGCAUUACGUUGAGGCACUUGCCCCUCUUCUUAGCGCCCAAGGGUGGAACGCCCAGUUCAUUGUCGACCAAGGCCGCUCUGGCAAGCAACCCACUGGCCAAGAGGCGUGGGGUGAUUGGUGCAAUGCUGUCGGCACCGGCUUCGGGCUGCGCCCAUCAACCAACACAGGCUCUUCGCUUGUUGACGCCUUCGUCUGGGUGAAGCCCGGUGGCGAGAGUGACGGUACCUCUGACACCAGUGCGGCUCGCUAUGACUUCAACUGUGGAAAGAACGAUGCCCUCAAGCCCGCUCCCGAGGCCGGCACGUGGUUCCAGGCCUACUUCGUGCAGCUUCUUACCAACGCCAACCCUGCCUUUUAA